UGAAGCGCGCCUUGCCGGACUGUGGUUGUGUCCCUGGACGCAGACAAUGGAGAACGCGCCGGCAGUGCCCCGGCUGCCCCCGCAUGACCCGGGGACGCCUGCGUUGUCGGUGGUGGAUAUGCACACGGGCGGCGAGCCACUGCGUAUCUUGCUGGCGGGCUGUCCGGAGGUGGUCGGGCCCACCUUGCUGGCCAAGCGGCGCUACAUGCGUCGGCACCUAGACCACGUGCGGCGACGGCUCGUGUUCGAGCCCCGCGGUCACCGGGACAUGUACGGGGCAGUCCUGGUGCCCAGCGAGCUGCCGGACGCGCACCUGGGCGUCCUGUUCCUGCACAACGAGGGCUACAGCUCCAUGUGUGGCCACGCAGUGCUGGCGCUUGGCCGCUUCGCGCUGGACUUCGGCCUGGUGCCUGAGCCUCCCGCCGGGACCCGCGAGGCGUGCGUCAAUAUCCACUGCCCUUGCGGGCUGGUGGCCGCCUUCGUGGCGUGUGAAGGCGGCCGCAGCCUCGGCCCCGUGCGCUUCCACAGCGUCCCGGCCUUCGUGCUGGCCACAGACCUCAUAGUGGAUGUUCCAGGACAUGGAAAGGUGGUGGUGGACAUUGCAUAUGGUGGUGCAUUUUAUGCAUUUGUUAGUGCUGAAAAGUUAGAACUCGACAUUUGUUCUGCAAAGACAAAGGACCUCGUGGAUGCAGCAAGUGCAGUGACAGAAGCAGUGAAAGCUCAGUUUAAAAUUAAUCAUCCUGAUAGUGAAGACCUUGCCUUUCUAUACGGAACUAUAUUAACAGAUGGAAAAGAUGCUUAUAUCAAGGAACCAACCACCAACCUCUGUGUGUUUGCAGAUGCACAGGUUGACAGAAGUCCUACAGGCUCAGGAGUGACAGCCCGAAUUGCCUUACAGUAUCACAAAGGGCUUCUAGAAUUGAACCAGACCAGAGCCUUCAAAAGCACCACAACUGGCUCAGUAUUCACAGGGAAAGCUGUGAGGGAAGCAAAAUGUGGUGAUUUUAAAGCUAUUAUAGUGGAAGUGUCGGGACAAGCCCAUUACACCGGUAUGGCAAGCUUUACAGUAGAAGGUGAUGACCCACUGAAGGAUGGAUUUCUUCUCAAGUGACUUCUUCCAGGAGUUAAGGGCUUUCUUUUUUAAGUAAUUAUUACCUAGAAGUAAUUUUUUCUCUAAAUUAUGCAAAAACCAAUAUUCAAAUUUUACAUAUAUAACUUCCAUUCUUUCUAAAAUAGUACACUGUGACUAAAGAUGCAGUCAUUAUGCCUCACGUUUGCAAACGUAUUUUGGUAUAGAUAUCACUUAUGUCUAGCAUAUAAAGUGCCAGAAAUUCAGAAUCUUUUUCUAGUGAAUAACAUAACAGGGAAAAUUAAAACCUUACUUACUUUUAAAAUAUUGCUCUAUGAUAAUUACCGUAAUAUUUUGUUUUAAAGGCUCUUUGAAUAUCUGGAAUUGUAGCCCUCACAACAAUGAAUUUACAAGCUCCUUAUUGUAGUCUUCCAGUGUUUGAGUAAAAUAACACCCUCUCUAUAAGCAGUACAUAAAGGAGAUGGAUUAUAUAAGGUACUCAACCUUAGCAUAAAUAAAAAGGAUCAGGAUGGAGUCAGCUUCUUUGACUGGGUGUUGUUUUAGUUGCCGCCAGAAUGUUCUCUGUGCUGCAAAGGCCAGCACCUACACCCACAGGUACUGAAAUAUGAACAGAUGCUAGAAGACCAACUAGUAAUCAGACUUUUUCUGUAUCUUUAAGGCUUUUAUAAAAGGGCUUGUUUAUUGCAUUAUAAAAUACUGUAGAAAGUACACUGUAGAAAUUCAUUAUUGAAUCCUUAUGAUGGAAUGAGUCUCAUACUUUAUCAGCUGCAUGCUAGGUAGAUUUAAAACGUGACAUAAAUGCUCACUGUUGGCAUUCUUGCUAGUUAACACUUAUCAAUGAGCCUGUUAAAAAUGAUGUAAGCAUUAAGAUAAUCUCUCUUUUAACAUGUGAUGUUCUCAGAAAUUCAGUAGACUCUUUUGUGAGGUAUGUAAUAGUAUUUUAUUUCUGAGCACACAGAAGUUGAAGUAAACAAAUCAUUUAAACUGGUUUGGUACCCAGCAAGUCUGCAUAGGCUCUAUGAGUAGGUCUGUGAUGUGAUUACCUGACCAAAAACAAAGCUGUAAAGUUAAUAUUUUUUAUUUCCCUAUGACAUAAAAACACUUAAGAUUUUUUACUCAUUCUCUAUAGAAGGCUGUACUAAAGAUAACCUCCAGAAAAUGACAAUCUCACUGAUUCAAUAUGACCAAAUAACUUUCUACAGAUUAGGAGAUUUGCUAUACUUUAAAAAAUUAAAACAGAACACUAUUUUCUCUCCAAAUCUCACAGGUCACAUUAAUUUGAAAAGAAAAUUGUUUAAGAGUUAAAUUUUGUAGCAUUUUAUAAUGUGUCACAUACAUAAUAAAGUACACUCUGAAAUGCA